GGCAGGGCGGCCAUGACUGCGGAGCAAGCGCUGCCCCUGGGCAACGGGAAGGCGGCCGAGGAGGCGCGAGGGUCCGAGGCGCUGGGCGGCGGCGGCGGGGGCGCGGCGGGGACGCGCGAGGCGCGCGACAAGGCGGUCCACGAGCGCGGUCACUGGAACAACAAGGUGGAGUUCGUGUUGAGCGUAGCGGGAGAGAUCAUCGGUCUGGGCAACGUGUGGCGCUUCCCCUACCUGUGCUACAAGAACGGCGGAGGGGCAUUCCUGAUUCCUUACGUGGUGUUUUUCAUCUGCUGUGGAAUCCCCGUCUUCUUCCUGGAAACGGCUCUGGGGCAGUUCACGAGCGAGGGCGGCAUCACGUGCUGGAGGAGAGUCUGUCCUUUAUUUGAAGGCAUCGGCUAUGCAACACAGGUGAUCGAGGCGCAUCUCAAUGUCUACUACAUCAUCAUCCUGGCGUGGGCCAUCUUCUACUUAAGCAACUGCUUCACCACCGAGCUCCCCUGGGCCACCUGUGGGCAUGAGUGGAACACAGAGAAAUGUGUGGAGUUCCAGAAGCUGAACUUCAGCAACUACAGUCAUGUGUCCCUGCAGAACGCAACCUCCCCGGUCAUGGAGUUCUGGGAACGCCGGGUCUUGGCUAUAUCUGAUGGCAUUGAACACAUCGGGAACCUCCGAUGGGAGCUGGCACUGUGUCUCCUGGCGGCUUGGACCAUCUGCUACUUCUGCAUCUGGAAGGGUACGAAGUCAACUGGAAAGGUCGUGUAUGUCACUGCAACCUUCCCCUACAUCAUGCUGCUGAUCCUCCUGAUCCGAGGGGUCACGUUGCCGGGUGCCUCGGAAGGCAUCAAGUUCUACCUGUACCCUGACCUCUCCCGGCUCUCUGAUCCACAGGUGUGGGUGGAUGCUGGGACGCAGAUCUUUUUCUCCUAUGCCAUCUGCCUGGGCUGCCUGACCGCUCUGGGGAGUUACAACAACUAUAACAACAACUGCUACAGGGACUGUAUUAUGCUCUGCUGUCUGAACAGUGGCACCAGCUUCGUGGCUGGGUUUGCUAUCUUCUCAGUCCUGGGCUUCAUGGCGUACGAGCAGGGCGUGCCUAUUGCUGAGGUGGCAGAAUCAGGUCCUGGACUGGCUUUCAUCGCCUACCCCAAGGCUGUCACUAUGAUGCCCCUGUCCCCAUUGUGGGCCACCCUGUUCUUCAUGAUGCUCAUCUUCCUGGGCCUGGACAGUCAGUUUGUGUGUGUGGAGAGCCUUGUGACAGCCGUGGUUGACAUGUACCCCAAGGUCUUCCGGCGGGGCUACCGGCGAGAACUGCUCAUCCUGGCCCUGUCCAUUGUCUCUUAUUUCCUAGGCCUGGUGAUGCUGACAGAGGGAGGCAUGUACAUUUUCCAGCUUUUUGACUCAUACGCCGCCAGUGGCAUGUGCUUGCUCUUCGUGGCCAUCUUUGAGUGUGUCUGCAUCGGCUGGGUGUAUGGAAGUAACAGGUUCUAUGACAAUAUUGAGGACAUGAUUGGAUACCGGCCACUGUCACUCAUCAAGUGGUGCUGGAAAGUUGUGACCCCUGGGAUCUGUGCGGGCAUCUUCAUCUUCUUUCUGGUCAAGUACAAGCCGCUCAAGUACAACAAUGUGUACACAUAUCCUGCUUGGGGCUACGGCAUUGGCUGGCUCAUGGCUCUGUCCUCCAUGCUGUGCAUCCCGCUCUGGAUCUUCAUCAAGCUGUGGAAGACAGAGGGCACCCUGCCCGAGAAAUUACAGAAGUUGACAGUCCCCAGCGCUGAUCUGAAAAUGAGGGGCAAGCUUGGGGCCAGCCCACGGAUGGUGACCGUUAAUGACUGUGAGGCCAAGGUCAAAGGCGACGGUACCAUCUCUGCCAUCACAGAGAAGGAGACGCACUUCUGAUCCCCGCCAGCCACUUGGAUGUGUCUCCAGCCUUCCUUC